GCGCGCUGACGCCGCGCUGAGGAGCGGAGCUGAGCGGAGCGCACAGCCGUGUAGCGCUAGCGCUGCCGCAGUCCCGCGAUCGCGCGAUUAUAUUCAGACUCGGCUCUUCUUUUUAGUAUUAUUUUUUUUCGCGGGUCGCUUUUUAUUUUCUGCCGACGUCGUUGAUGCCGCGCCGACUUGUAGCCGCCAACUAUUUUUCCAAUGAUGUUUCGCUUUCCGUGUCGCGAAUAGCCGCAGAGAGACCCGCUCGCUCGACCGCUCCUUCUGAACGAAACGCGCGCGCGCCGCCGGGCCGACCGAAACGCAACGGAGACGCGACGCGCGACAGUCGAAGUCGAACCGGUGACGAACCGACCGAGUGUGUUGUGCGUGGGUGUAGGUGAGUGAUUGUGUGUGUGCGGAUGCGUGUAAGUGUAGCAGCGGGCAGUAGUGUUGGUGCGAGGCCCCGGGGGCGUUGGUGGCGACACGUCAAGUGACCGCCUCCCGGGUAGCAGUGUCGGCGCCGAUUACUAAUACAGCAUGUGACUUGCCGCAACAGAAAUUGGUGUCAAACGUAGCACCCUAUCUGUGAGGUACGAGAACAAGAAUAAGGUCCUGCUCGACGGGGCACACAACACACUGCACACCGCAGGCAGUGGUCCCGCCCCGCCCACCACCGGCGACGCCCGCUCCGGCGCCCCGCCCCUCAACUGGAUACACGUGCGAACGGGGAUGUCAAACACCUGAGCACGCGAGGAUAGGCCGUUGUGCCCCGCAGCCGCCGGGAUGGCCGACGUGGAGACCUUUGUCCAGGAGGAGCCCGAGUAUGAGAGGGAGGAUGUGCAGAAGAAGACCUUUGCAAAAUGGAUCAAUUCCCAGUUAGCCAAGCGCAACCUUCAACCAAUCACAGAUCUUUUCCAAGACCUCCAAGAUGGCAAUCAUCUGCUCACCCUUUUGGAAAUACUUACAGGGAAAGAAUACAAACGUGAGAAGGGGAAAAUGCGAGUUCACCAUUUAAAUAAUGUCAACAAAGCUCUUCAGAUUCUUGAACAAAAUAAUGUUAAAUUAGUCAAUAUCAGUAGCAAUGAUAUUGUCGAUGGCAGCACUAAACUCACCUUGGGGCUGGUUUGGAGUAUCAUUUUACAUUGGCAGGUUCACUAUCAUUUGAAAGAUCUUAUGUCUGAACUUCAACAGACAAAUUUGGAAAAAACUUUAUUAGCUUGGUGUAGGCAAAACACCCAAAACUAUCCUGGAGUGGAUGUUAAAAAUUUCAGUACUUCAUGGUCUGAUGGAUUGGCCUUUAAUGCCCUAGUCCAUCGAUGGCACUCAGAACUUUUCCAGUUUCCUGCUGUUGCUAAGAUGCAUCCUAAUGCCAGACUUGAACAUGCUUUUCGGCUAGCUCAAGAACUUCAUGGCAUUGAGAGGCUGUUGGAUCCUGAAGAUGUUAACACUUCUCAACCAGAUAAGAAAUCAGUAAUGAUGUAUGUCAUGUGUCUUUUUCAAUCCUUACCUCAUUCUGAAAUGGAUGCAAACUGCCUUGACUUCUCAAUCCACUCCGACAACAGCUCUAUUGCCUCACCUGUAGUUGAAACGAGAUCACUGGAUGCCUUUAGUGCUGGAAUGCUUGGAGUUCCAACUUCUCGGCCUCUUAGUAUGGCCACAAAUGUAUCUGUGGAGCUGUCAGGCUAUCAGCGAGCCCUUGAAGAUGUACUUACAUGGCUUUUAGAAGCUGAGGAUAGACUUACAAAUGCUCCAACAGUGGAAGGACCUUUACAAGGAAUAAAAGAGCAGUUCCAUACUCAUGAACAAUUUUUAUUAGAACUUGCACGACAUCAAAGUGAUGUUCGUUCGGUUUUGGAGGAGGGCACACAUAUCAUUCAUGAAGGUGGGCUAUCACGAGAUGAAGAAGAUGAAGUUCGAAUCCAAAUGAAGCUAUUGAACACAAGAUGGGAGGAGUUGCGUGUAAAGGCCAUGGAACGUCAGACAAAAAUUCAUGAAGUUUUGAUGCGAAAGCAACAAGAAGAAUUAGAUAAUUUCAGACAGUGGUUGACUGUCACAGAAGACAGAAUAUCUCGAAUGGCAAAAAUCGGUCCAACAUUUAAUGAUUUAGUUAGGCAAGUUGAGCAGCAUCCAGUACUUUGUGCAGAUCUUGAAAAGCAGGAGGCUUCGGUUGCAAGUUUGUCCGAAAUGGUGGUUGUUGUAGAUGACAACAACCCAGAUAGUGAGGGAGAGUCUCAUAUGGAAGAUCAGUUAACAGCUCUCAAUGAGCGAUGGGCACACAUCCAAAAAUGGACUCAGGAAAGAUGGCUACGUUUAAAGGAGCUUAACAAUUCCUGGGCAGACAUUUCAGGUAGAUGUGUUCUACUCCAAGUUUGGCUAGAUUCUAAAGAAAAGCUUCUGAAAGGAAUGGAGGCUGAUCCUGCCCUUGAAAUUGGACAGGUUUUGGAAAGAAUCAAAACUCUUCAGACUACAAGACGAGAGAUGGAUGCACAACAAUCAGCUCUAGAAUAUUUACAAGAAGAGACUUCUCAACUGGAUUUAAAAAUAUCUCCAGGGUGGACAGCUGAUAUUCAAGGAAAAAUUGAAACAAUUCAAGACAAAUGGGAAGCUUUGUCACAAAUCAUUGAAGUGCAAGCUCAAAGGAUUUGUGACUCUGGCUUUGACUUCAACCUUUAUGGUGGAAUAGCUGAAGAGAAAGACACUAGUGCUGCCAGUGAGCCUAAGAGACGUCGAACUGGCACUGUGAAGAAAGUUAAAUUUGAAUCUGCUUUGGAUCAGCUUGCUAGCUUUAUGGAAAGAACUGAGACCCUUUUAGAACAAGUUGCAGCUUCCAUUCAUGAUCUUGCCCCUGAGAUUAGGCAAAAAUUAGAUGAUUCAGCUCAGGAAAUAUCAAUUCGACAAUCUGAUCUUCAGAAAUUAACUAGACUGGGCCAGGAACUCACUAUAGAAAUGCAAGCUGAUGGAGCUGAUGAUAUGUCUGUCUAUAAUGAACAACAGAAAUGGAUGGGUGCUGAACAACGUCUCAUUCAGCUGUCUGCCAACGUACAGUCAGCUUGUCAGGCUGCUCAAUACCACCAGGAUGUGGCAACUGUCAACAGUGAACUUUCAGCCAUCCUAGGAUUAUUGGAGGGACACCGGAAAUGGCUAGAGAAAACAGAAACUUCACCCAAGUCAAGCUCUCCAUCUGUUUUGGCAGACCAAAUAAGAGUCAAAUUGAAAUCAAUGCGAUCGCAAGAUGACCGAUUAUCUAGACUUAAACAAGUUGCUCAAAGAAUUUCAGAAAAUGAUAACACUGAUAGGCAGCUUGCUACUGAUGUCAUCCAACUUGGAGAGCAGUGGAUGCUCUUACAGCAAAGAUAUGUUGAUCAUCAGUCAAAAUUAAGUGGCGGUGGAAACAUACCUGUUGAUAAGGAAGACGCAGUUGAUGUUGUUAUGAAGCAAGUGAAAGAGCUCUCUCCAGCCAUGAAAGCACUGACAGAAUGGGUGAAUUCAGCCGAAAGUACUCUUCUCUCUGAUCACGUGGCAUUGGUUGAACUCCCCGUGAUGGAACUACAACUGAAGCGAUUCCAGCUUCUUGAAGAGCAACUUAAACAGAAUGAAGUAGAAAUUGAGAAGAUGAGUACAGACACAGAUGGUCAAGAUUUAUUAGAGCUGACUACCCACUGCAGUGAUAUUAAAGCUAUUCUCCAUGAGCGCCAAACAAAGUUGCAACCCUAUAUUGACACUAUGCGUCAGUUCUCAGAGGAGGUAACAGGAUUGACUGCAUGGCUUCAAGAUGUUGAAAGCUUUUUAAAAGCUGAACAACAGCUUCCUGUUGGUGACUUAGAAACCUUAGAAGCUCAACUUGAGCAGUCCAAUGCACUACAGGAUGAUAUUGAGACUCUUGAACGUAAUGUUCAGAAUAUAACGGCAUCUCUUGCCAAGUUGAAGGAACAUGCAUCUGAGUCAUUUAGUGCACACUUGAAUUCUCAGCAUGAGGCGCUCAUGAAUAAAUGGGAGAAAGCAGUUGAGGGUGCAAAGAAACAUAAUGCAGGUUUGAAAACAGCACACCAAAAGAGUCAAACUGUCAACAAAGGUAUCGAAGAGUUCUCAAGCUGGCUGACAAAUCUUGAAAAAGAAAUUCCUGAAUUCGGCUCUGCAUCAUCUUCUGCAGAAUUAUUCCAGCUGAAGGGAAAAUACCAAUCUUUGAAACAGAAAGUUGAUGAUCGCACAGAGGCAUUCAGGCAACUAAAUGAAAUUGGUAAUGAUCUAAUGUUGAGCAGUGAGGGUCCCUCUGUCCAAGAAUUGGCUCGUCGUAUCACUCAAUUAAAUGCCAAGUGGACAGAAGUCAUUGACAAAAUUUUUGAAAAAUAUCGUGUCCUUCAAGAUGCUUCCCAUCAGUAUGGAGAAUUCAAAGCACUUGUAGCUCAGGAAAUGGAUUGGCUAGAUAAAUUAGAAAAACGACUUAGAAAGUCACCGAAAUCAGCUGCUGAUGCAGAGGAAAUCUCAGAGGAAUUAGAUGAUUUAGAAAACUACAUCCGCAAUCAUCCAGAUGCUAGACUGACUCGUAUUCAAGAAAUUGGCAAGGCUUUGGAGGACGAUGGAGUUAUGUCUGAAAUGGUGAAAGCUGAAGUUGCUGCUGCUACUGAUCGUUGGAAUCUUCUAAGUCAACAGGCUAGAGACCGCACAGUCUUAUUAGAAGUUUCCGCUGCUGAAGCACAGGAAUCUGAAGGUCAAAUCUUGGAGCUACAAGAGUGGUUAACUCAAGUAGAUGCCUUAUUAACAGCUCGUCUGCAAAACGACAUUUUUGCGGAUGACUUACCAGAUGAUCAGCGUUUGGUGGAUGAAUUUGAAAUCCAAGCAUAUACAUUAAAAGAUAUGAGUGAGCAGGUGUCUUCGUAUGAGAAAGCUGGCAAACUGGAGGCAGCCUCACGUUUGAAAGAACAGAUGCAGUUGCUAGAGCAACGGUUUAACGAAGUUCAAGAGAGAUUCAAGCUCUUUCAAUCAAAUUCUUCAGACCUUGAACCACGUCUGAUGAGGGUGCUCAGAGAAUUGAGAGGGGUAGAAGAGGCUACUUGUCUCCUAGAUAUUGCUUCAGAUGAUCUGGAAGGAAUUGAAGGCCAGCUGAAACAUUGCACGAGAUUCUACUGCACUCUUAGUGACCUUAAGGGAGAUGUAGAAACAAUAUUGAAGAGGGGUCGAGAAAUGGUAGAUGACAACAACAUGAUUGAUCCAAUCAAGCUUAGUUCUAAAUUGGAUGCCCUAAAAGAUCUCUACAAUAAGCUUGGUUUGCAAAUAGCUGAUUCUAAAACAGCCCUUGAAAAUGCUCAAGAACUGUCCUUGAGUAUGCAUAAAGACAUACCUGCUCUUAAUGAGUGGAUGGAUAUGGUUGAGUCAGAAUUAGAUGAGAGAGAAGCACUUCCAAUGGCAAGGCGAGACUUAGAAUCUGAGAGAGCAUUUCUGAAGCAUUGUUUGCAGGAGUUACUGGAAGAAGAAGUACCUCAAUGGGAAACAAUGCGAGACCGUGUUAAAUCGGCAUAUCAGUCUUUUUCUUCAAUUUGUGACCCUGUAUACCUCGAUGUCCUACGUGAUCGAGUGAGUGACGUGAUGCGGAGAUGGGAUCGAGUGAUAGACAGAGCGCAAACUACAAGGACCACUGUUGAGGACUUGGUUCCUGAUGAAACAUCACAGCCAUUGCAGUCUUCAGUGAUGGGAAUAGGUAAUCCUGCUUUUGAAGAUCUAGAUGAUGCAUUCGGAUUAAUAGAAAACACUGUAGAUGAAGAUAUGUCUGAGCAGCAGGAAAAUGCCUCUGCUGAAAAUGCUUUGAAAAAGGAAAGUGUUAAGGAUGAAGACACUUUCUGUUUGGCUAAAGACAGCUCACUCUUCUCACAAGUACUGAACAAUAGUUUAACAUCAUCUGGUGCUGGAGAACUUUGCUAUCAUGAACCGAGAGAGCAGAGAGUACAAAUGGUGGAAGUUAAAGCCUUAGAAAUUGUGAAGUCAGUUGUGACAGCUGUAGAACCCAUGGAGGUUUAUCCUAGCAGUUCAUGCCACCAAGCUCCCCAGACUGUUGAAAUGGUUGAAAUUGUUGAGGAUACAGAGGAAUCAGCUCCUGAUACAGAUUCCGAGUCUCCUGCUAUAGCCAGAAAAGUCUCGCCCAUUCCAGUUCAUGUUAAAAGUUUCUCAGAAAUUUUGUUGAGGGGUAAGGGGUCAAAACCUACGCAGGCACUUAGGAGUAUUGAGUUAGUGAAGCCAAUUCAAGUUGUUGAAGUCAAACCAGAAGAGACACCUCCACUCUGUUUGGAAAUGACAGAUCGUGUGAAACGAAUGGAGGAAACAACUGUUACUGCUUGGAGAAGAAAAGAAUUGAAUGAAAACCUGGUCCAUUCAUCUGAUCAAAUUGAGAAAGAUGAUGAACCUAAGGUUACCCUAAGGAAAGAGAUUGAAGUGUCAAAAACGUACCAGUUGAUUGGAAAUUUCAGUAAGGACUCUCAUAGUCUUAAAACAAAAAAACCCAUAGAAGAAGGCACUCCUGGACCGUCUAGCAACGAAGUAAUCCGUAGAGGAAAGAGAACAGUAGUUCCUCCAGAAAAGGGACUGGUGGAACAAGAGUGCUCUGAACCUAUAAAACGAGUAAAGACUGAAUCAUAUAAGGAUGUAGAAGAGUGGGACAAAGAUAGUUUCUAUGGAAGUGAUAAGGAAACAGAUGAUGUUGUAGAAUUUUCUGAUAAUGAUUCUAUUGCGGCUGUGACUUCUCAUACGAUUAUCGAUACUUCAGAAGAUGACAGCUCGAGUUCGGAUGAUGAGGAUCCUGCCUUCUACUCUCGAUAUGCUGAGGGCAAGGCUAGUCUUUCUGAUCAAGGAAAGGUAGCUGAUGCCAAUGACAGCAACAGAAGUGGUGAUUUCGAGAAGUACGUAGAUGAAGCUUUCAAAACGCCACGAGUCAGUGCAGCAGUUGAUUCAAAGAACAUUGAUGAUGAUGUAAUUAAUUUUGAGGCUGAAGCACAACAAAUGCUGGAACGAAUGGAUCGUAUGCUACUCAUUGUUAGGAAAAUCAAUGAGACGCCAGAUCCUACUCAUAGAAUUGAGGUUCUAGAAAAAGAAAUUGUUGGUCUUGCUUCUGAUGCUGCUACACUUAUAAGCCGUGGUGAUGGUUUGGUGUUACUGGUUCAUAUCUCUGAUCCGGAACGGGCAGACUUGCUCAAGAAGACAUCUCAAGAUAGACUCCGCAGUAAGUGGAGCCAGGUUAUGUCUGAAACUGAGAUACAAAAGACAGAAGCCCAGAAGGCUGAAGUCACUUUGCGUGAAAUGAACAAACUAAUUCGGGAUGUAGAUUUAUGGCUCUCCAGUGUCAAGAAAAAAUUGCAGCAUGCUAACAAUGAUGAGGAACAACUUCAGGCUUUAAAAAUUGAGGUUUCUCAGAAAGAACAGAUGAUGAGACAACUUUCUGAACUGGCAGCCGAAUUAGACAUCCAACAAGCCAACCAGUCUGCAAGUGAGAAACUAAAACCGCUGACAUCUCGUUGGGAUGAAUUGCUUGAAGAAUUACAGAGGUUCCAGAAAAAUCAUAAACAGGACAAAGUGGUUGAUAUUGCAGGGGCCAAUAUUUCAUCAGAUUUUGUUAUUAAAGUGAACAAAAUACGUGAAACCACAUCAAGUGUUUCUCGGCAGUUAAAUGCUCACCCACUUGGUGGUAGGGACUAUGAAGCUUUCCCUACCCAGGAAGAUGCUUUGAAGGCUGUUCGAGAAAAGCUUUCAUCUAUCAAGCCGCAAGUAGAGAAGGUGGAAAACGAGCGGGAUGUAGUAGUUCGCACAGCAUCUGUUCCCGAAGUUUCAGGUCAGGUCAGACGUGUGGUGGACAAGUUGAGGGAGGAGUGGGCUCAAGUGAACCGCGCUUAUGCGGAAAGGCACUCGAGGUGGCUCUCAGCUCAAGAGGUGUGGGUCAAUAUCCAAAAUGAAUCAAGACUUUUCUCUGAGUGGCUGGAGACCGCAGAGGGUGUAAUCAAUGAAUGGAAGAAUUCUGACUUACCCGUCGAGGUGGCUAAGGUCAAGCAGAAGGAUCUCGAAAAGCAGGUGACGGUGAAGCACCGCAUGAUGAACAAUCUCAGCUCGACCUGCCGGGACGUGACGGGUCGGCCGGGACCCGAGCAGGACCCCCAGAGCCGCGAGCUGGCGGCGCGCGUGGACGAGCUGCGCAAGCGGUGGCAGGCCGUCCUGGGCGAGCUGACGGCGCAGAGGGACCGGAUCUCGGCAAUCACCUCCCCGACCAAGGACGCGGUCCGGAGUGCGCAGGAGGCGGCGCAGGCCAAGGCCCAGGCCUGCCUCGACCGGGUCGCGUACCUGCUCACCUCCGCGCCCAACCCCUCCGACGACACCUCGCUCUCUGUGCGCCUCAGCAUGGUCAAGGCGAGAGACUCGGAGCUGCAGAAGCACCGGAGGGACAUGGACUCGCUGAAGCGCUCUGCGGCCAGCGGUGGCGGCACGGGGAGCAGCAGCGGCGGCAGCAGCAGCGCCAGCAGCGCCAGCAGCAGCGGCAGCAGCGCCGUGGAGGCGGCCAUGGCCAGGGCCAGCACCGGGCUGGCCGAGCACCGCGAGUACCUGGACAGCAGGCUGGCCGGGCUGCGACGCUUCACCAGCCAGCUGGACGCCGUCAUCGCCUGGGUCAUGGAGGUGCGCACGCGCAUCAACAUCAGCAAGGACCUCGCCGAGCCCGACCGCGCCCGCGUCAUCGAGAGCAUCAUGCAGACCAGCGUGUACGACCGCGAGAUGGAGGUGACGGACGUGCUGGAGAACUACAACAACCUGGAGAAGGAGUGUGAGGGUGCCAAGCAGCCCGUGUCGGUGGAGCUUCAGGAAAAGGUGCGCAAGUUACGCGAAGAUUGGAACUACGUGAAGAACCGCGGCGAGCCGUCGGCGGUGCCAGCCGUGGACCUGCGACAGCUCGACGCCCUGGCCACCACUCCUGGUACCGUUGACAAUGGCGCUCGCCUCCGUGCGCUGGAGGUUCCAGCCGGAAGCUCGCCCUCGGCAAACAGCCUCCUAGCGAGCUUCGACAAGUCCAUCCUGCAGAUCCGUGAUUGGCUCACAGUGGAACAAGAGAUGUUGCGCCAACAGACGGUGGUCGUUGGGGAGGUGGGGGAGAUUCUCCAGGUGCUGGACAAGCAGAAGAACGUCCUGCGCGAGCUGGAGCACAAGAAGCCCCAGCUCGACGACCUGGUGCACACGGCCGAGAACCUCAAGGCCGACUCCAACCGCCAGCAGCUGCACAGCAAAGCUAUUUUGAACGAUUAUUACUCGUCGCCGCAUUUGAUGCACCUGCGCACCUGUUUGAAAGUGACCAAGCUGCGCGAGCACUGGGAUGAGACAAACUCCAAGGUGAUGUCACGAAAGACCCAGCUAGACGCGAUGCUGGCCGACAGCCAGCGCUAUGAGGGCAAGCGGCUGGAGGUUGACGCUUGGCUCGGCCGAAUGGAAGCCCGCCUAGAGAGAAUGGGUGCUGUUGGCCACACGGCCGACGUGCUGGAGGCGCAGCUGCGAGACCAAAAGGCGUUCCACGCUGAGCUGCACCAGUACAAGCACCACAUGGACUUGUUCUCCCAGCUCACUCAGAAGCUGAUUGCCGUGUACCAACAAGAUGACACCACACGCGUCAAGAAGAUGACCGAAAUGGUCAACCAGCGCUAUCAGAAUCUCAACUCUAGUAUCGUGAACCGAGGCAAGAUGCUGCAGUCAGCCAUGAACUCGCUGCACACUUUCGACCGUUCCCUGGACAAGUUCUUAGCCUGGCUGUCGGAGGCCGAGUCGUCCAUGGAGGCCAUGGACGCGGACGCAGACCGACUGGCGCAGCAGCGACGAGACGGGCGAGACCAGCAGGGCCAGCAGAGCCAGCACCAGCGACAGCUCAAGGAUUUGCAGUCUGAAAUUGAGGGUCACCAGGACGUGUUCGCGUCACUCAACGGACGGGGUCGGCAGCUGCUGGGCAGCCUGGCCUCCCAGGACGAUGCGCUCAUGCUGCAACGGAGGCUGGACGAAAUGAACACGCGCUGGGGCCACCUGAAGAGCAAGAGCAUGGCUAUCAGAAACCGACUGGAGAGCAACGCUGAACACUGGAGCGCGCUGUUGCUGUCGAUGCGGGAGCUCAUCGAGUGGGUCAUCCGGAAGGACACGGAGCUGAGCGGGCUGGAGCCCCUCGGCGGUGACAUGGCCACGCUUCGGAAGCAGCAGGACGACCACCGCGCCUUCCGCCGGCAGCUGCAGGACAAGAGGCCCGUCAUCGAGGGCAAUCUGCUCAGCGGACGGCAGUACAUCGCCAACGAGCCGCCGCUCUCCGACACGACUGAUAAGACUGAUCUCAUUAGAAUGCGUGUAUUCCAGAAGAAUUUGGAUGAACUCUCUGCCCGCAUGUCCACUGUCGAAUCAGUUCAGAAAUCUUGGAGAGCACCUGCUGAUGUUGUUGAAGCCAACGAAAUGCAAGAACAACUACAGAAACUUGGGGAACAUCUGCGUAACAUUCAAAGAAGUGUUGAAGACAUCAAUGAUCAAGCAGCUAUGUUCUCACUCAACAAUGUCAACAUAUCAGCAAAUAGUUUAAAAAGACAGGAGGAGCUCAACACAAGGUGGAAGCUCCUCCAAGUAGCUGUUGAUGAACGCUACAAGCAGCUUAGUGAUGUUGGCAAAGAAGGUGGAGCAGCUCCAAACCAUAGUUUCCUGUCUGAGUCUGUUGAAACCCCUUGGGAACGGGCUGUAAGCCACACCAAAGUGCCGUAUUACAUCAACCAUCACACUCAGACGACUCAUUGGGAUCAUCCUAAAAUGCUGGAGCUCAUGUCAUCACUUUCAGAGCUCAAUGAAGUACGUUUCUCUGCAUAUCGAACAGCUAUGAAACUUCGGGCUGUGCAGAAGAGCAUGUGCUUGGAUCUGUUAAAUUUGUCAACUGCUAUAGAAGCCUUUGAUUCACAUGGUUUAAGGGCUCAAAAUGACAAAUUAAUUGAUGUAUCUGACAUGAUAACUGUGCUUCUGUCUGUCUAUGAGCCAAUGGCAAAAGAGCAUCCAGGUCUAGUCAGUGUACCUCUUUGUUUAGAUUUGUUACUGAAUUGGUUGCUGAAUGUCUAUGACAGUCAACGAACUGGACAAAUUAGAGUCCUAUCAUUUAAAGUUGGUGUUGUCUUGCUUAGUAAAGGACAUCUUGAAGAGAAGUAUAGAUAUCUGUUCCGCCUCAUUGCUGACCCAGCCCGUCUUGUUGACCAGCGGAAGCUUGGUCUUUUACUACAUGACUGCUUACAAGUUCCUCGUCAACUUGGGGAAGUAGCUGCCUUUGGUGGGUCCAACAUUGAACCAUCAGUUCGUAGCUGCUUUGAAAAAGCGGGAAAAGAUAAGGAAACAAUUGAGGCUGUACAUUUCCUCAGCUGGCUUCAACAAGAACCUCAAAGUAUGGUCUGGUUGCCAGUGUUACACCGUCUAUCAGCUGCUGAGACAGCAAAACAUCAAGCUAAAUGCAAUAUAUGCAAGGAAUAUCCAAUUGUUGGUUUCAGGUAUCGAUGCUUGAAGUGCUUUAACUUUGAUAUGUGUCAGAACUGUUUCUUCUCUGGUAGAAAAGCAAAGAACCACAAACUCACUCAUCCUAUGCAGGAAUAUUGUACAGCUACAACAUCUGGAGAAGAUGUUAGAGAUUUCACUCGUGCACUCAGAAAUAAAUUUAAAUCAAAGCGUUACUUCAAGAAGCACCCCAGAGUCGGAUACCUACCUGUCCAGACUGUACUCGAAGGAGAUAACUUGGAGAGCCCUGCUCCAUCUCCUCAACAUUCUGGUAUUCACUCAGGCCACCACACUCACCCUGGCCCAGCUCAUGGUGCUCAUCAUGAUGUACAUAGUCGACUGGAAAUGUAUGCAACGCGGCUAGCUGAGGUGGAACUUAGACCUAGGAGCAACUCUACCCCAGACUCUGAUGAUGAACAUCAGCUUAUUGCUCACUAUUGCCAAUCCCUCAAUGGAGGAGAAUCAAUGACAGUUCCUCGAAGCCCUGUGCAAAUCAUGGAAGCCAUUGAUAAGGAUCAACGUAGAGAAUUAGAAAAAUACCUAAGGGAACUUGAAAAAGAAAAUGCUUCACUUUUGGCGGAGUAUGAAAGGUUAAGAACCAAACAGACACCGGGGUCAACUCCAGAUGAAGGCACACGGGUACAAGAUGUAGAACUUGCCAACGAAGCCCGCUUACUGCGACAACAUAAAGGAAGAUUGGAAGCACGCAUGCAAAUAUUAGAAGAUCACAAUAAACAAUUAGAAGCACAGCUGCAGAAGCUAAGACAGUUGCUCAAUGAACCAAAUGCCAACUCACCUUCAAAGACUGGAACCUUGCAAACUCGAUCUGUCACAGCUUCGCAGCUUGCCACAGACUCGCCUGCUAAAAUGAAUGGACACUAUCAUGAAUCAACAGGCGGUCGCUGGGAUGGUGGUCGGGGCAGCCUGGACAGGGUAGACUACCGGCCCCCUCCCCCUCCUCCAGGUGCUCACAACGUAGGAAAUUUGCUGCAUAUGGCAGGUGAUUUAAGUAAGGAGUUAUCCAAACUGGUCAGUGUGUUGGGGACUGAAGAAGAUGCUCCUUCAGGUCAAAAGGAGACUGAAGAAGAAAAUUAAUGAAACGCUUACUAUGAUUAUGCAUCUCUGAGACACAAAAUUUUAUGCAAUGAUUAAAUAUCUUAGCCAUAAAUUUGUGAUGUAACUAAAAGUGCAAUCACUAACUCUGAAAAGUUGCUUAGUUCUAUCUAAAACCCAUCUUUUAUCAAACAAAUGCAUUUAAAAAAAUUUAGUCAUGGUAGCUUGGACAAUCAGGAUCUAGCCCUAGGGAAAAUACCUUUUUGUUGUAGGUUGGUAAAAAUGUAUUAUUAUUGUGUCAGGAAUUGCAGCUUAUUAGAAAAACCAGCAAUCUAAUCAAAUAUUAUCUAAUGAGGGUUUUGAUCUAAGUUUGCGUCUGAUGUAUAAAGUUUCAUGGUAGCAUUUGAUAAUAAGAAAACUUUCUAAUUGGGGAUGCAGUUGCAUGUCUGAAAGUUGAUUCUCUCUAAACCUUAUGUCUUUUGUAUACAUGUAUGUAAGUCUUUGUACAAUAUUCAAUAUGUCUGGCUUUUUAAAAGUCAAAGAGCAUGUGCUGUGUUCUACAUAUCGUGCGAUAAUAUUGAUAAUUCACCGAUGCCAAGGAAAAAAUUGUUUCAAAACUCUUUGAAUGGAAGGCUUUUGCAACCAUAACUGUGUUGAAAAUAUUUUGACGACACUGCCUAAUAGUGGUAGAGAGUGCAUUGUACAAACUCAUCUCACAUAUCCCUAAAAUCACACCAUAUCAUUUAUCAUAUCCCUACUGCAUUUAUAUGAAAAUGGCAUUUUUUGUUGCAAGUAGUUUGUAUCAUUGAUAGAAAAUGAAUGUUUUAAGCUAGCCUAGUGCUAGGACUAACAGCAGAUGAAUGAAAAUUUCAUUGUUGCCUCUAAAGACCUCACAUUGAGGAAAAACAUAUGAAUAGGUCAGAAAAGGUUGGUACGUACAUGGUAAACCUGAAAAUUUGCCAAAUCAUUUUAAAUGCCAGAAGAAAUAUUCAGGUUCUGUAGAUGUUGUUCUUGUUAUGAAAUAAAACACAAAGCAACUAUUUGUAA